AUGACGUGCAGCUCCAGCGCCGCUUCGGUGGUGGUGUGCGACGUCGGCACGAGCACCACUCGCCUCGGCUACGCUGGCAACGCUGAGCCGACGUUUGCGCUGCCCACCGUUUGUGCGUGGCGGGACCGCAUGUCGGCUGAGACGUUCGCCGUUGGGGACGCGGCUGCCACAAUGGUGGGGCCCGGAAUGCAGCGGUGCAGACCGCUAGAGCAUGGGCUGGUGGUGGAUUGGGAUGUCAUGGAGGAGUAUUGGCGCCACCUCUUCAACCGCUACGUCUGCGUUGAGCCACAAGAUAUCGGUUUGCUGCUGACGGAGGCAGCCAUCACCCCGUGCGAGCAACGAGAGAUGACAGCGGAGGUUAUGUUCGAGAGUUUCGGGGUGCCGCGGCUGUGCAUCGGCCCGCAGGCGCUCUUCGUGCUUAGAAGCGUUGGCGACGGGUGCGACACAGCCGUGGUGGUGGAGAGCGGCGCUGGCGUGACGCAGGUGGUGCCCUUCGUGGCGGGUUACGCGGUGGCCGGCGCGGCGCGUCGUUUUCCCGUGGCGGGCCGGGACAUCACACAGUACGUGCUGAAGAGCCUGCGGAAGCACGAGCGGGGUAUCGAGGCUGAGCAAGCGCUAGAGGUGGCGGAGCGGGUGAAGGCGCGCUACAGCUACACGGCAGACGACAUCGCGCACGAGCUUGCACGGGCGGAAUCGUGCCUCCCUUCCUACGUGAUCCACCACACGGAGCUGCACUCACGCUCCGGGGCCCCGUACUCUAUCGACGUGGGCUACGAGAGAUUCCUCGCACCGGAGACGAUGUUUCAGCCAGAUUUGAUCGCCGCACCGUCGGCUGUGACCGCCUCCGCGUGCGGCGGCCUACCCGCCCUGAUCGACUCUGUUGUGUGGUCCUGCCCGAUGGACUGCAGGCGGCCACUGUACGCAAACGUCAUCCUCGCUGGCGGCAACACGCGCUUCGCUCACUUUGCGAAGCGCGUGUAUCACGGGCUGCAACGUGCCUUGGAUGCGCGUUCCGCCGCCGUCAUGGCCGCCUCGGGCGGCACUCUGGGUCGACAAGUCGAGUACGAGGUGAACGUGCGCGAUCGUUCACAAGCAACGCAUGCCGUAUGGAGAGGGGCCAGCACCUUCGCCGCCAGCCCAGAGUAUGCGAUGGCAGCCGUAGCGCGAGAGACGUACAUGGAGUGUGGUGCCUCCGUGAUGCGUCAGCACCGCAUCUAG